AUGGCUGUGAUGCCGCCCUUAAUUUAUGAAUUCCAUUCAACAUCGCAUCUAUAUAAAGGCAUUGAGGAGGCCGAUUUACGUUUGGAAAUACAUGAAUUGGGUCAUGAUGCGUUACAAAUAAUGUUGAUAAAUAAGGAUUUCCCCAAGCAACGGAAGGUGGCCAUUAAGGAAACUCUGCUAUUUGCCGGAAUUUGUGGUUUUUAUCUCUGGCUACAUUUGAAUGCUGCCUUUCGUCUACUUUAUUUUGCAAUAAUUUCGGUGAUUUGGUUUCUGCCCAUCCUCUGGCGUUGGUUGAGUCUGGUGAAAUCGGAAACAUUCAUAUAUUGUUAUGAUUUUGGUAUCAAUUUGCAAAUUGAAAGACUCUUGGGGAAAAGUAAUACAUUUAUAUCCUCAUCCGACAUACAUGAUAUACGCAUUAAUGAGGUAUUAGAAAAUUUUGAUUUUCGUUAUUUGCUAAUCAUAAGAAUAAAGGGUAAGCUGUUUCGCAAACAUCCAAUAAUACCAAUAUUUAAGAUAUUUAAACCUACGUGUGAUUGUCUAAGCAUGAUUUAUAAAAAACUCAAUCAAGUGCAUUGUAAGCAGCAAUUGUAA